AUAGGUAAACGAAAAAAGGAAACAGAGACGACGAAGACGCAUAGCCGUGAUUUAUCUUGUUAGGUUAAACCCUAAAUAGUAUAAUAUCAGUGAUUUCUGGGGUUUAAAUCUGCUUCCUGGAUCUGUAGCUGCAAAGUUCGUUGAUGUUGAAGUGAUUCUUACUUCUCAGAGAAUGAAAAAUUUGAAGCUUUACUCCGAGGUUUCUCAGAACAUCCAAUUGCAUUCGACCGAAGAAGUUGUACAGUUCGCAGCUUAUGACAUCGACCAAAGUCGCUUAUUUUUCGCAUCUUCUGCUAAUUUCGUUUACGCCCUUCAGCUCUCUUCCUUCCAAAAUGGAAGAGCUGGGAGUGCUUUGCCUGUGGAGGUUUGCAGUAUCGAUAUGGAGCCUGGAGAUUUCAUCACGGCUUUCGAUUAUCUCGCGGAGAAGGAGUCUUUAUUAAUUGGGACUUCUCAUGGGCUUCUGCUACUGCAUAAUGUGGAGAGCGAUGUGACUGAGCUAGUUGGAAAUAUAGAAGGAGGUGUCAAGUGUAUCUCGCCUAGUCCGACUGGAGAUCUACUUGGAUUGAUUACUGGUCUUGGGCAGUUGCUUGUAAUGACUUAUGAUUGGGUUUUGAUGUACGAGAGGGCGCUUGGAGAGGUUCCUGAAGGUGGUUACGUACGUGAGGCGGAUGAUUUGUCUGUAACUUGUGGGGGUAUUUCAAUUUCCUGGAGAGGUGAUGGAAAGUAUUUUGCGACUAUGGGUGAGGUUUAUGAAUCCGGUUGUAUGUCUAAGAAGAUUAAGAUAUGGGAAAGUGAUUCCGGUGCUUUGCAGUCUUCUUCAGAAACAAAAGAAUUUACGCAGGGGAUUCUUGAAUGGAUGCCGAGUGGUGCUAAAAUCGCAGCUGUUUAUAAGAGGAAGUCAGAUGAUAGCAGUCCAUCAAUUGCUUUCUUCGAGAGGAAUGGACUUGAGAGGAGCUCGUUUAGAAUUGGUGAACCAGAAGAUGCUACGGAAUCAUGUCAAACUCUGAAAUGGAAUUCUGCAUCAGAUCUUCUUGCAGGGGUUGUUAGUUGCAAAACAUAUGAUGCCAUUAGGGUGUGGUUCUUUAGCAACAACCACUGGUACCUGAAACAGGAGAUUAGGUAUCCAAGGGAAGCUGGGGUAACGGUCAUGUGGGAUCCAACAAAGCCACUGCAGUUGAUAUGUUGGACUCUGUCAGGGCAGGUGUCUGUUCGCAACUUUAUGUGGGUAACAGCGGUCAUGGAGGACUCAACCGCCUUUGUCAUAGAUAACUCCAAGAUACUCGUGACACCACUAUCUUUGUCCUUGAUGCCACCUCCUAUGUAUUUGUUCAGCCUUAGUUUUUCUUCUGCUGUCAGAGAUAUAGCAUAUUACUCAAGGAAUUCUAAGAAUUGUCUGGCUGUGUUUUUAUCAGAUGGAAACCUGUCUUUUGUUGAGUUUCCUGCACCUAAUAAUUGGGAAGAUCUCGAAGGCAAAGACUUCAUUGUGGAAAUAUCAGACUGUAAAACAGCACUGGGCUCUAUUGUACAUCUUCUAUGGUUGGAUGCCCACUCACUUCUGUGUGUCUCCGCUUAUGGUUCUAGCCACAACAAGUGUCUCUCUUCAGGAGCGUAUGAGACAGAGCUUCAUGGUUCUUAUUUACAAGAAGUUGAAGUAGUCUGUCAUGAGGAUCAUGUUCCUGAUCAAGUGACUUGCUCUGGCUUUAAGGCUAGCGUUACUUUCCAGACACUUCUCGAAUCACCGGUCCUGGCUCUUGCCUGGAAUCCUAGUAAGCGUGAUUCAGCCUUUGUAGAGUUUGAGGGUGGGAAAGUGCUUGGAUUUGCAUCAAGGUCAGGAAUUAUGGAAACUCGAAGUGAUGAUAGUGUAUGUUUUCCAUCGACUUGUCCUUGGGUGAGGGUGGCGCAGGUUGAUGCUAGUGGGGUGCAUAAACCCUUGAUAUGUGGGCUUGAUGAUAUGGGUAGACUGUACAUCAAUGGGAAGAACCUAUGUAAUAACUGUAGCAGUUUCUCAUUUUAUUCAGAGUUGGCCAAUGAAGUGGUUACCCAUCUGAUUAUUUUGACGAAACAGGAUUUUCUCUUUAUUGUCGAUACCAAGGAUGUACUGCAGGGAGAUGUGGCACUUGGAAAUGUGUACUUUGUUAUUGAUGGUAGAAGGCGAGAUGAGGAAAAUAUGAGCUAUGUUAAUAUAUGGGAAAGAGGUGCAAAAGUGAUAGGAGUCCUCAAUGGAGACGAAGCUGCUGUAAUAUUACAAACUAUGCGGGGGAAUCUGGAGUGCAUAUAUCCCAGAAAGCUGGUCCUCUCUUCCAUUACGAAUGCGUUAGCUCAGCAACGGUUCAAAGAUGCAUUAAACUUGGUAAGGCGUCAUAGAAUCGACUUUAAUGUUAUCGUGGAUCUAUAUGGGUGGCAGGCAUUUCUACACUCAGCUGUAGAAUUUGUUGAGCAAGUAAACAAUUUGAACCAUGUUACAGAAUUUGUUUGUGCCAUGAAGAAUGAAGAUGUUACAGAAACAGUGUACAAGAAAUUUUCCUUCUCCAAAAAGGGAGACAAAGUUUUUCAAGUGAAAGAUCGUUGCAGUAACAAAGUAUCAUCAGUUCUACUGGCAAUUAGGAAGGCCCUUGAAGAACAUAUACCAGAGAGUCCAUCAAGGGAACUCUGUAUUUUGACCACUCUUGCCCGAAGUGAUCCACCAGCUAUUGAAGAAUCUCUUUUGAGGAUAAAAUCUGUUCGUGAAAUGGAGUUGCUUAACUCUUCUGAUGAUAUAAGGAAAAAGUCUUGUCCAUCUGCAGAAGAAGCCUUGAAACAUCUUCUGUGGUUAUUGGAUUCUGAUGCUGUCUUUGAAGCUGCCUUAGGUCUUUAUGAUCUGAACCUUGCAGCUAUUGUGGCACUCAAUUCCCAGCGUGAUCCAAAAGAAUUUUUACCUUAUCUCCAGGAGCUGGAAAAAAUGCCCGAAUCCCUGAUGCAUUUCAAGAUUGACAUUAAAUUGCAGCGUUUUGAUAGUGCUCUUAGGAACAUUGUAUCAGCAGGGGAUGGCUACUUUCCUGAUUGCAUGAACUUAAUAAAGAAAAACCCUCAACUUUUCCCGCUGGGCCUCCAGCUAAUUACUGAUCCUGAGAAGAAACAAGCUGUUCUAGAGGCUUGGGCAGAUCAUCUCAUUGAUGAAAAACGUUUUGAGGAUGCUGCUACUACGUACCUAUGUUGCUGUAAACUGGAAAAGGCUUCAAAGGCAUAUCGUGAAUGUGGUGACUGGAGUGGGGUACUCAGAGUGGGGGCGCUAAUGAAAUUAGGUAAAGAUGAGAUCUUGAAAUUGGCAUAUGAACUCUGUGAAGAGGUCAACGCUCUUGGGAAGCCAGCGGAAGCAGCAAAAAUAGCUCUUGAGUAUUGCAGAGAUAUAAGCGGUGGAAUUAGUUUGCUUGUCAAUGCAAGGGAAUGGGAAGAGGCUUUAAGAGUUUCAUUUUUGCAUACAGAAGAUGAUAGAAUCUCAGUGGUGAAGAGUUCUGCUCUGGAGUGUGCUAGUGGUCUAGUAAGUGAAUUCAAAGAAUCAAUAGAAAAGGUAGGUAAAUAUUUGACUCGCUAUUUAGCUGUUCGGCAGAGACGAUUAUUGCUUGCAGCAAAGCUCAAAUCCGAGGAACGAUCUGUAGUUGAUCUUGAUGAUGAUACAGCUUCAGAAGCAAGUAGUAACCUGAGUGGAAUGAGCGCCUAUACUUUGGGGACAAGGAGAGGUUCUGCUGCUUCAGUCAGCUCAAGCACGGCUACUAGCAGGGCAAGAGAUUUGAGGCGCCAGAGAAAGAGUGGGAAAAUCCGUGCUGGCAGUGCGGGUGAGGAGAUGGCUCUUGUUGAUCAUUUGAAGGGUAUGCGUAUGACCGAAGGUGGAAAGCGAGAGCUGAAGUCGUUGUUGAUAUGUCUGGUUACAGUUGGUGAAAUGGAGUCUGCACAGAAGUUGCAACAGACUGCAGAGAACUUCCAGGUCUCGCAAGUAGCAGCUGUAGAGCUAGCACAUGAUACAGUGUCCAGCGAGAACGUAGACGAAGAAGUUUAUUGCUUUGAACGUUAUGCUCAGAAGACGAGAUCCACAGCAAGAGAUUCAGAUGACUUUAGCUGGAUGCUUAAGUGUUUGUACGCACUGAUGUCUAUUGUAGCAAAAUUAGCUUUGAACGCGGGAAUGAGCCCUCACGUCUUAGUUGCUUACCGAAUGGCAGUUGCUUCGGCUCUCAUUACGCCUUUCGCCCUCGUCCUUGAGAGGAACUCAAGACCAAGGAUGACCUUCAAAAUCUUGUUACAAAUUGCCAUCCUUAGUUUAUUUGAGCCUGUGGUCGAACAAAACCUGUAUUACUCAGGGAUGAAACUUACCACUGCCACAUUCACAUCAGCUUUGUGCAAUGCACUUCCUGCUAUGACAUUCAUUAUGGCCUGCGUUUUCAAACUCGAGAAGGUGACAAUCGAAAGACGUCACAGCCAGGCAAAACUGGUGGGAACCAUGGUGGCUAUUGGAGGAGCAAUGCUCAUGACAUUCGUGAAAGGGAAUGUCAUUGUGCUGCCUUGGACAAGCAACUCAAGGGGCCUUGAUGCGCAUUCGCAUGCUAUGGGGAUUCCAAAGCAGGAAGAUAUAGCAAGAGGAUCAAUUAUGCUUGUAGCAAGCUGCUUCAGUUGGUCAUGUUACAUCAUUUUACAGGCAAAGAUUCUGGCUCAAUAUCAAGCUGAGCUCUCGCUAACAGCUCUUAUGUGCAUUAUGGGGAUGUUGGAGGCUACUGUUAUGGGACUGAUAUGGGAAAGGAAAAACAUGUCGGUCUGGAAAAUCAACCCGGACGUUACGCUUUUAGCUUCAAUAUACGGGGGACUUGUCUCAGGGUUGGCAUACUAUGUUAUUGGAUGGGCGUCAAAGGAGAGAGGGCCUGUCUUUGUGAGCGCGUUUAACCCACUCAGCAUGGUUCUCGUUGCUAUUCUGAGUACCUUUAUUUUCAUGGAAAAAAUGUACCUAGGAAGGGUUGUUGGGUCAGUUGUCAUUGUCAUUGGGAUAUAUUUGGUACUAUGGGGUAAAAGCAAGGACAAAGGAGGGAAGCUUCAACCAAACGAUGGAUGCGCAGAGACUGUGGUAAAGAUUGACCAACAGAAAGUUCCAAUUCCUGACAAUAACCAAGUAGUAUCCAUCAGUUACCAGUUUAAGAUCCCGAAGACAGCAGCUCGAUCUCAAGAGUCAGUCUAAGAUGCCGAUUUUGUUCCAGGAUCUCUAUAUAUCGCAAAAACAUUUUUGAUAGUAUUGGUUUGCCAGAAUAAGAGCAAGCAAUGCGC